GUCCGUGACGGUAGAAACUCACCAUGGCGGCGUGCAGUCCAUACGGCUCGUGGAAGUCUCCCAUCUCCAGCGCGCUGGUGGCGGAGAGCGGCAUCCGCCUGUAUGACGUACAGGUGGACAAGUCGGGUAAACAUCUAGACAGGGUAUACUGGUCUGAGCUGCGCCCCGCUGAAGGUGGCCGUUAUGUGGUGUGUUCGAAGGACGGAGACUCCCAGCCUACGGAGUGGACUCCAGAAGGCUUCAAUGCACGCACCCGUGUACACGAGUAUGGUGGAGGAGCCAUGUUUGCACACAAUGGAGUGGUGUACUUCUCCAACUUCACGGACCAGCGUCUGUACAGGCAGACCUCACCUGAUGCUGCUCCUGAAGCCAUCACCCCUGCUGACUCAGGCUGGAGGUUUGCAGAUGGACACUUCUGUGAGAAGCUGAACAUCAUCACAGCAGUGCGUGAGGACCAUAGUGUUGUUAACAGGGGCGAGGCCAAGGAAGCAGCCAACACAGUUGUGGCCAUCCAUCCUGACACACAGGAACAGUUUGUGUUGGCCUCAGGGUCAGACUUCUAUGCUUCUCCCCGUGUGUCACCUGACGGCAAGAAGAUCUGCUGGACUCAAUGGAACCAUCCCAACAUGCCUUGGGACUCCACUGAGAUUUGGCAGGCUGACAUGCAGCCUGAUGGGAAGGGGGUCAGGGAAGCACACAAGGUGUGUGGUGGGGAUGACAUCAGCGUCAUGUAUCCAAGAUGGUCUCCCAGUGGAGAGCUGUACUACAUCAGUGAUGUCUCUGAUUGGUGGAACCUGUAUCAUGUGACCUCAUCAGGUGACCAUGUUGCCAUAGGACCCCAGCAGAGGGAAAUCGGUGGUCCACACUGGCAGUUUGGAAAUGCACCAUAUGACUUUGAUCCUGACAACGGAGUAAUUGUUACUGCCUAUGGCAUGGAGCUUGGCUUCUAUGAGAUGGGGAGUGGAAAGCACCUUAAGAACGUGGACACUGGGUUCAAGACCCACAGCUACUUGGUGAUGGGUGGGAAGGGGUGUGCCUACUGCAUAGCCAGCAGCCCCACACAGUUCCCCAGUGUCAUCAGGGUUAACUAUGCUACUUCUAAGGCCGACACUGUGAAAAGUACGAAGGACAUGCCUGUGGACACAGGGUACUUCAGCAUUCCAGAGGAGAUCACAUUCCCCACUGCAGGGGGAGACACAGCACAUGCCUACUUCUACCCACCCAAGAACAAGGACUUCACAGCGCCAGAGGGAACCCUGCCCCCACUGCUGGUACGCGCUCAUGGCGGCCCAACAUCCUCCUGUUCCAGCACCCUCAACCUCAACAUACAGUACUUCACCAGUCGUGGGGUCGGGUUGCUGGAUGUCAACUACAGGGGCAGCACUGGCUAUGGCAAGACAUACAGGAACAAGCUCAGGCUGAACUGGGGAAUCCAUGAUGUGGAUGACUGCUGCCAUGGAGCCCUGUAUCUGGCAGACAAGGGCAAGGUGGACAGGAAGAGACUGGCCAUCGAUGGAGGGUCAGCAGGGGGGUACACCACUCUGGCAGCCUUGGCCUUCAGGGAUAUCUUCCAUGCUGGUGUAAGCCAUUAUGGUGUUGGAGACUUAGAGGCCCUAGCAAAGGACACUCACAAGUUUGAGAGCAGAUAUCUGGACACCAUUAUUGGUGCAUACCCUGAGAUGGAGAGCACAUACAAGGAACGUUCUCCCAUCAACCAUGUGGACAAGCUGAGCUGUUCUAUUGCAUUGUUCCAGGGAGGCGAGGAUAAGAUUGUACCUCCUAACCAGGCAGAGAUGAUGUUUGAAGCCGUCAAGAACAAGGGACUCCCAUGUGCCUUUGUACUCUUCCCUGAUGAACAGCAUGGAUUCAGGAAGGCAGAAAACAUGAGGAGGGCUCUGGAUGGAGAGUUCUACUUCCUAGGCAGGGUGUUCGGCUAUGAACCUGCUGACAAGGGUGGAGAGAUUGAGAUUGAGAACAUGGCUUAGCCCCAAAGUAUGCCUGUGCAGCAAACCUACAAGUCCUGAAGCAAGAGUUGUGUGGAAAAUUCACAUGAUUCACAUUAUACACAUUGGAGUGUGACUCCAAUUUAAUGAUGUAUGUAAUCAUGAUCUCUUAAUCCAAUGUCCAAAGAUGUGCCUGAAUAGAAUUAUUAGAAAAGAUGACUAAAAGAGGGGAUGGGUAAUGGAUCAUACACCAAAGUAUGAAUCACACGAGUGCUAUUGUAACUAUGAAAUCUUCUACCUUUUGAUAAUGAGCAUUUAUUGCGUACACAUGGAUACAAUACAACGUGUAGCUAUAAACGAAUAUGAGGUGCAUGUGUCAUAAAUGUUACAACAUGAGGAUUUUCAAUCGAUAUGUAUGAAUAAUGUUUCUCUGCUAGACUGUAUCUGCUUCAUCAUUUUCGGUAAUAUGCUGUAGUGAAAAAUUACUACAUGUAUCUAGCUUGGAGUAGCCUGUACACAGAACCCUAGUCUCUGAUGACCACUGUAGAACAGUGCUCUUUCUAUUGACAAAGCUGAGCUGCACAGUUCAAUUGAUCUUCUAUUUGCCAAGGCAUCCUGUUCAGAACCGUGAUGCACUGCUCCGAGCUGGGGGUGGGGGUGGAGGCUGCUGGUGCCUGGGGGGCUGGGGGGCAUUAGGGUCAAAAGAUCUCACCAGCAGGGUCAUUUUGGGCCCCGUUUUCCAAGAAAGGCCAGAGGUGUCUAUAACAGAAGCCUCUGCACACACAGUGUGGUUCCCAGGGAAAGGGAAGUGAAGAAGGAACUGUGCACUGAAGUAGUCAUUGUGUGGUUCCACCAGCUCCUGCAGCUCAUUGUUCAGGUUGUCCACUCGGACCUGGAAGAGUUAAAGGCAAUGUUGAGUUGCAAUGAAAUAUUUAGCAUUGGAAGUUUACUGUCCUGUAGCACAGGCAUUUAAUAAAUGCAACAUAAGACUCUU